CGCUGUGUCUGCCGCCGCCGCCGCUCUCGAGAGGUCGCAGCAGGCGGCGUGCGAAGGGAGAGCUGGCGCCGCCCGCAACUUGGUGGCGGCUGCUGCCCGCUGCCUAUUUUAGUCAAAACCUCCGCCCGGGCGGCUCGCGCGUGCUUCGCCUCGACUCCUUCGGCGAGAGAGGGCGCCCUCGGAGGAGCUGCUGCCGGAGGAGACCCACGGCGGGACGGAGGCUCCUCAGAAGCGAGCGGCAGGUCAUCAGCUAUUUAUAAGGACACUUGUUCUGAAGCAGCACAAAGCCAGGCAAAUUCAAGAUGAAUCCUACAGAAGCAAAUUCAAUCAUGGUGACCCCUUUGAGUUUCAACCCAGAUGUCAACAAUCCCAUCUCUAUGCCUUUGAAUGAAACUGUUUGUGAAAACUGGAGAGAGAUUCACCAUCUUGUGUUUCAUUUGGCCAAUAUUUGUUUUGCUGUUGGAUUGGUUAUUCCAACCACUUUCCAUCUUCAUAUGAUUGUCCUACGAGCCAUGGUAAUAAUAGGAUGUACACUAUUCAUCAUCUGGGCAACGCUAUUCCGUUGUGCUGUGGAUAUAAUGAUCUGGAAUACAACAUUCCUUGUUAUCAACCUUUUGCAUUUAUACUUGCUAUAUAAGAGAAGACCGAUAAAGAUAGAUAAGGAGCUCAACAGUCUGUAUAAGAGAAUGUUUGAACCACUCCAUGUGCCUCCAGAGUUGUUCCAAAGACUGACAGGACAAUUCUGCCACAUUCAGACACUAAAAACAGGUCAAGCGUAUGCUGUAGAGGACAAAACAUCAGUGGAUGAUCGAUUAAGCAUCCUGUUAAAAGGAAAAAUGAAGGUCUCCUAUCGAGGGCAUUUUCUGCAUAAUAUUUACCCCUGUGCCUUUAUAGAUUCUCCUGAAUGAUCAACUCAGAUGCAUCGAGGUGAGAAGUUCCAGGUGUCCAUUACUGCUGAUGAUAACUGCAAAUUAUGCUGGUCCAGAGAGAGACUUACCUUUUUUCUGGAAUCUCAACCAUUCCUCUUUGAAAUUAAGUACCUUAUUGGAAAAGAUAUUACAAACAAAUUGUACUCAUUAAAUGAUCCAACACUAAAUGAUAAGACAUCCCAGAAAAUAGAUCGACAGCCCAGUUUGUGCUCACAACUUUCUGUGAUGCAAAUGAGAAACAGCAUGGCUAGUUCAAGUGAUGGCGAAGAUGGCUUGCAACAUUUUCUCCGUGGGACUUCCACUGCCUCAACCCUUCGUCAGCCAUCUCCUUGUCUAAGAACAUUAGCAAAAAUGAAACCAAUUGAAGAAAGUGUGGAAGAUGAUGUCUUUGAUCCCCCAUCAGUCAUAUCAACUAAAGUUUAGUAGUGAUCUUGCUGAGCAGAAUUUCAGUGAACUACUACAAGCGUGGCACACAGAAAACUUGUCAAAAUGCAUAAGGUUAAUUUUUGAUUUUUUAAAAUAUGUAUAUUUGGCCAC